UCUUGUUUUUUAUUCUCUCUCCCUGGACUUUUUCUGGAUCUCACAGAGAAACAACAAGAAAGAAAACUUACAAAGACAUCCAAAAUCAAAUUAAUCAUCAAAUUAUAAUAUUUAUCAAUAAAUUUUGAAUUAUAAAGAUGCAGCUGUUAAAUGCGGUGAUGGCGACGAGGAUGUUGACGGAGUUAGUAGGUCAAUCAAACGGAGACGAAAUACCGUUUGGAUCGUUCUCGUGGUUUGCGUACGCAGGAAUUUCUUGCUUCCUCGUUCUCUUCGCGGGGAUCAUGUCUGGGCUUACCUUAGGCCUCAUGUCUCUUGGUCUUGUCGACCUCGAAAUUCUCCAACGUAGCGGCACUUCCACCGAGAAAAAACAAGCUGCUGCGAUUCUUCCGGUGGUUCAGAAACAGCACCAGCUUCUGGUGACUCUGCUUCUUUGCAAUGCUGCUUCCAUGGAGGCUCUUCCUAUAUACUUGGAUAAGCUUUUCAAUCAAUAUGUUGCUAUAAUACUUUCCGUGACUUUUGUUCUAGCUUUUGGAGAGGUUAUUCCACAAUCAAUAUGCACCAGAUAUGGAUUAGCUGUUGGGGCCAAUUUCGUAUGGCUUGUGCGAAUUUUAAUGAUAAUUUGUUAUCCAAUUUCAUAUCCCAUCGGGAAGGUUCUGGAUUGUGCAUUAGGACAUAAUGAAGCAUUAUUUAGACGGGCACAAUUGAAAGCCCUUGUUUCCAUCCACGGCUUGGAGGCUGGCAAGGGUGGUGAACUCACACAUGAUGAGACGACAAUUAUUAGUGGGGCACUAGAUUUGACCGAAAAGACUGCUGAAGAGGCUAUGACACCUAUUGAAUCAACUUUCUCCCUAGAUGUCAAUUCAAAGUUGGAUUGGGAGGCAAUGGGAAAAGUUCUUGCACGCGGUCAUAGCAGAGUUCCUGUAUAUUCUGGGAAUCCAAAAAAUAUCAUUGGACUUCUUUUGGUGAAAAGCCUUCUCACUGUUCGACCUGAAACAGAGACCCCAGUUAGUGCAGUUUCAAUCCGAAGAAUUCCACGGGUUCCAUCUGAUAUGCCUCUGUAUGAUAUACUGAAUGAGUUUCAAAAGGGUAGCAGUCAUAUGGCAGCUGUUGUGAAGGCCAAGGGGAAAAGCAAGGCUCUUCCACCAACAAUUGAUGGGGAAGAACAUGAAGGAAACAAAGAAACUGGCAAAGAGUCUCAAUUGACCAGUCCAUUGUUGUCCAUGCCAAAUGUAAAGUUAGAUAGCGUUGUUGUGGAUAUGGAUAGGGUUUCAAGGCCAAGUAGGCAGCCUUCUUUACAGCAUAAUGACGCAAUUAAAGGAAUGACCCUGCUAUCAGAGGACAUUGAAGAUGGUGAAGUAAUUGGUAUCAUCACCCUAGAAGAUGUAUUUGAAGAACUUCUGCAGGAGGAGAUUGUGGAUGAAACAGAUGAAUACGUAGAUGUUCAUAAAAGAAUCCGUGUGGCUGCAGCUGCAGCUGCUUCAUCAGUGGCGCGGGCACCAUCAAGUCGAAGGUUAACAGCCAAUAAGGGAGCUGGAGGCCACCAAAGUAAGCCGGGGCAAACACUGAAGAAAUCGGAGAAUGAUUCAAGUGCCACAAGGUUACAAGGGACUGCCGGUGAGCCUUUUCUUGGAAACAAGAGAUAAAUAGUUCUCAUACAAACAUGUACUUUUGGAAAAAAUCUUGAAAAGAUAUUUUUUUUUUGUCUGCCUCGUUAUUCCAUGAAGCGUAUGCCUCUAGUAUAGCGAAAACAAGUUUUGUUUAUAUAUUUACAUGACAAUUAAUCCGAGAUCAUAUGAAUAAAUUGUAGGCUUGUACCACAGUGUUGUGAUUUCGAUGUGCUUUAUAUUUUUUUGGUUUUAGUU